CAUGGAAAAAUCGUAUCGUGUACCCAAGGCUUUAAUUCUGCGACACGCACGUGGUCAAUCGCCGAUGUAAUGCGUUUAAAUUUACGUAAUUUAUGAGUGAAAAAUGACAGUGAUUGAAUUAUCAAUAGGACUCUUUAAGGAGACUGUUAUUUUAUGAAGAAUUGGAACUUCAACUUUCAACUUGUUUUAAUUCGUGUUGCAUGACGAGGUUACGGGAUUGUCGAGUAAUUUCUGCUAAAGCUAAAUUUUUCACUAUUAAUGUGCGAUAAGAUAUUGUUCUACUAACAUUCGUGCGUGGAAAGUAGAAUUAUGGUACGAUAUUUGCUUAAGUUUUCGUACAUUGGUACACAGUACAGAGGUUUGCAGAGGCAGAUUGACAACUUCGUAAGGGAUACGGAUUCUAUCCAAGGUGCUUUAGAAGCUGCUCUAUUAACCAUCUUGCCAAAAAGCCAAAUUAGACCAGUUUUGACUCUUUCCAGCAGGACUGACGCCGGAGUUCACGCCUUAGGCAACUCUGCUCAUGUAGAACUUGAAAAUAAAUACAAUAAAAUAUAUAAUUCGACAGAUGUAAAGAAAUAUGUUAAUCGUUAUUUUAACAAAUGUGGCCACACUGUUAGAUUAUUGGAGUGUAUACCUAUCACAAAUGAUUUUCAUGCGAGACAUUCAUGUAAAUCUCGAACAUAUUUGUACAGAUUUAUGAUACCUAAAAUACCUACCGAACAACGAAUAUCCCUUCCAGAAGCAAUACACACUCAUCAUCUUAGGUCACAUGAUUUUGACAUAGAUAGAGUGAAACGUGGUAUACAAUUAUUUAUGGGAACAAAGGAUUUUACUACAUUUAGUGCAAAAGCUAUAACAGAUCGCAAAAUUCGUUAUGUACGUGCCUUAGAUAAUUUUACUUUGGAAGAGGCCCAGCCUUUAAUGCCUUUUGAUCCGCUGUCUCAUAAUUUUACAUAUUGGCAUUUUACAUGCAAGGCAAGAUCUUUCUUAUACAAUCAGGUCAGAAGAAUGAUCGGUGCUCUAAUUGCAUUAGGAAUUGGAAAGAUAACAGAGAAAGAUAUUACUAUAAUGUUACAAGUUCCUUCCCACAAUAAUUGGAAUCCGCGUGUUACGCCUGUACCGCCAAAUGGUUUACAUUUAUUGAACGUAGAAUAUGAUACGGAUGAAUUAAAAAAUUGUACUAUCUUGGAAGAACAAGAGGAAGAAUUGCAAUUAGAGGAUCAAACACAGGAACAACAGUGGAAAAAACAAGAAGUGCAGUUGAAUGAAUAAAAAACGAAAGAUAUAUAUUUAAAAAAGUAUUGUAAUAGGUAAAAAAUAUUUUUUAAUGUAUAAAAUAGAAUUUAUUUUGCUAUAGAAAUAAUAACGAUAGUACAUAUUUUAACCAA